UCUGAAUACCAGCCUAAAGUGGAAGAGCCUGAGGCUGAAGGUGCAGUAUACUGUUUACACUGAAGGACCUUGUGUGUGGACAAGAGGUGCUGGCAGCUCAGAUGGAUCCCAUGGAGCUGAGAAAUGUCAACAUUGGACCUGAUGACGAGAGCGUCAGUGGAGAAAGUGCUCAAGAUAGCUACACGGGGAUGGGUAAUUUAGAAAAGGCAGCAAUGAGCAGUCAAUUUACUAAUGAAGAUGCUGAAAGUCAGAAAUUCCUGACAAAUGGAUUUUUAGGGGAAAAGAAGCUGGCAGAUUAUGAUGAUGAACAUCAUCCUGGAACCACCUCCUUUGGAAUGUCUUCAUUCAACCUGAGUAAUGCCAUCAUGGGCAGUGGAAUCUUGGGGCUGUCCUAUGCCAUGGCCAACACGGGGAUCAUACUUUUUAUAACCCUGCUGCUUGCCGUGGCAAUAUUAUCCCUCUACUCAGUUCACCUUUUAUUAAAGACCGCCAAGGAAGGAGGAUCUUUAAUUUAUGAAAAACUAGGGGAAAAGGCAUUUGGAUGGCCUGGGAAAAUCGGAGCUUUUGUUUCCAUUACAAUGCAGAACAUUGGAGCAAUGUCCAGCUACCUCUUUAUCAUUAAAUAUGAACUACCUGAAGUAAUCAGAGCUUUCAUGGGACUUGAAGAAAAUACUGGAGAAUGGUACCUCAAUGGCAACUACCUCGUCAUAUUUGUGUCUCUUGGAAUCAUUCUUCCACUUUCUCUUCUUAAAAAUUUAGGUUACCUUGGUUAUACCAGUGGAUUUUCUCUUACCUGCAUGGUGUUUUUUGUCAGUGUGGUGAUUUACAAGAAAUUCCAAAUACCCUGCCCUCUGCCUGUUCUGGAUCACAAUGUUGGAAAUCUGACAUUCAACAAUACACUUCCAGUGCACAUGGUAAUGCUGCCUAACAACUCCGAGAGUAGUGGGGUGAACUUCAUGAUGGAUUACACCCACCAGAAUCCUGCAGGGCUAGAUGAGAACCAGGCCAAGGGCUCUCUUCAUGGCAGCGGAGUAGAGUACGAAGCACACAGUGAUGACAAGUGUCAACCCAAAUACUUUGUAUUCAACUCCCGGACGGCCUACGCGAUUCCUAUCCUAGCAUUUGCUUUUGUGUGCCAUCCAGAGGUCCUUCCCAUCUACAGUGAACUUAAAGAUCGGUCCCGGAGGAAGAUGCAGACAGUGUCCAAUAUUUCCAUCACGGGGAUGCUCGUCAUGUACCUGCUUGCUGCCCUCUUUGGCUACCUAACCUUCUAUGGAGAAGUUGAAGACGAAUUACUACACGCUUACAGCAAAGUCUACACAUUCGACACCCCUCUCCUCAUGGUACGCCUGGCGGUCCUUGUGGCUGUGACACUAACGGUACCCAUUGUCCUGUUUCCAAUUCGUACAUCAGUGACCACGCUCUUAUUUCCCAAAAGACCCUUCAGUUGGAUAAGACAUUUCUUGAUUGCAGCCAUACUUCUUGCACUGAAUAAUGUUUUGGUCAUCCUUGUGCCAACUAUAAAAUACAUCUUUGGAUUCAUAGGGGCUUCUUCGGCCACUAUGUUGAUCUUCAUUCUUCCAGCAGUGUUUUAUCUUAAACUUGUCAAGAAAGAACCACUUAGGUCGCCACAAAAGGUUGGGGCUUUAAUUUUCCUUGUGGUUGGAAUCAUCUUCAUGAUUGGAAGCAUGGCACUCAUUAUAAUUGACUGGAUUUACAAUCCCCCAAAUUCCAAGCAUCACUAA